UAAAAGCUGUUCAGCUCCCGACACUUUAAAAGUACUCAGAUGAGAAAUCUAGGGUGGCUUCGGGCGUAGUUAUCGACUCUGGGAGUGAGGUAAAAAGAAAAGGCUUCUCACCACCCAGACAAGCGGGUAUUUAGUUCUAAAGUGUCUCCCUCCUCCCACGUCCUCCAGUGUAUAUGUUUCCUUUGUUCUUAGAACGGAUGAAGAAACGCAGAAAUAGGGCCGAAGCCUAUUAAAGAUGUGCUUCCGGCAGCGAGUCCUAGGACAGAAGUGUUAACGAUAUAAAGUCUAUCUGCGAGAAUGGGGUCCUGGUCCUUUAAGGGCGCGUGCCAAGGGGCGGAGUCUAGAGCGGAAGUUGUAAAUCAGGGCUGAAGUCCAGCUAAUGAAGGGCGGAAGUAGAGUGUCCAGUGCGGCAAUUAUGGCGCAGGAAGAGGAAGAUAUUCGAGAUUACAAUUUGACUGAAGAGCAGAAGGCGAUCAAGGCCAAGUAUCCUCCAGCCAUUCGGAAGUACGAGUAUUUGGAUCAUACAGCAGAUGUCCAGUUACAUGCAUGGGGAGAUACUCUGGAGGAAGCAUUUGAGCAAUGUGCAAUGGCCAUGUUUGGUUACAUGACAGAUACUGGGACUGUGGAGCCUCUGCAAACAGUAGAAGUAGAAACCCAAGGAGAUGACUUACAGUCUCUUCUGUUUCACUUUUUGGAUGAAUGGCUUUAUAAGUUCAGUGCUGAUGAAUUCUUCAUACCCCGGGAAGUGAAGGUACUUCAAAUUGAUCAAAGAAAUUUCAAAUUACGGUCAAUUGGGUGGGGAGAAGAAUUUUCACUGUCCAAGCACCCUCAGAUUUUAUUCAUUCAUGAUAGAGGCAGAGACACAGGCAGAGGGAGAAACAGGCUCCACACUGGGAGCCCGACGCAGGACUAGAUCCUGGGACUCCAGGAUUGUGCCCUGGGCCAAAGGCAGGCGCCAAACCGCUGAGCCACCCAGGGAUCCCUAAGUUCUUUGUUGUUGGAAAACCAUGUUAAAGUGAUCUGAAUUUUUCAAAAUAGGUAACUUUAAAAAAAUGAAACGUCUUUUGUUUGAUUUGCAACAUUAUUCUUUUCUCUAUUGGCUGUUUGCUGCAUUCUUUGUUGCCACUACAAGAGUUUGCAAAGUUGCUAUUUAUUCACACAUACAUAGAAAAGAUUGCCACUGGGUGGUGCCAGAUAUCAUUAUAGCCUGCUAAACUUGACCUAAAAGGAAGGGAUGGUCUGUGAGCUUUACUAAGUGUUCUGAGCCCUGUGAUACUUUUCUCUGGGUAUUUAACAGAAAGUAGAGGUAAUGGAGACUAGACCAAGAGCCAUGGUUUAAAUAGUAACUCUUAAAAUUAAUACAUACCUUUUUUUAGGAUGAAUUUCCAGGCUGACAUAGGGCUAUCUUCAUGAACCCCUUUGAACAUCAUGGGCUAUUUGGGGCAUUGAUUGUGAAGCUGAGCAGUGGGAUAUUGUGAGUCCAGUAGAAGAGCUGCAACCAGAUAGGAAGAACUCUUGGGAUGUAUUAAGCCAAGUAGGACACAAACUUGACUACGAAAAAAAGUAGCCACACCUCUUACCACCAGGGCUGUAUAAUGGGGUUCAGUAAAAGCAAGUCAAAUGUAACUAUGCAAUACAAAUUAUAUUCCUUUUCAUUUAUAAUAAAUUUGUAAUUUUAAAAAAUUUUAUGUGAAUUUUAAAAUGCAGUUUGUAUUUUUAAAUAUUGCCAAAAUGAAGAUAACUGAAUAGAAGGAAAAUGAGUGUUGCCCUCUGUGGAGGCAUUUUUUUUUAAGAUUUUAUUUAUUUAUUCAUGAGAGACACAGAGAGGCAGAGACAUAGGCAGAGGGAGAAGCAGGCUCCAUGCAGGAAGCCUGAUGUGGGACUCAAUCCUGGAACUCCAGGAUCACGCCCUGAGCCAGAGGCAGAGACCUGAGCCAGAGGCAGAGAAGCUCAACUGCUGAGCCACCCAGGCGGAUAUCCCUCUGAAGGGAUUCUUGACUUAACCAGCAGCAGGCGCUUUGUUUAUUUUUGCUUAUUUACUGAGAUGGUUGCACCAGGCUCUCACCAGACUCUUCGGCUAGUUUCAGUUAUGUGGCUUGGCCUUGGGAACACAUUUUUCCCCUUUGCAAAGCAAUUCCCCCACCCUGUAACAUACCCACUCAUCCUCACUUUUGUCUCUUAUUCUUCUGUCUGGGCUAUCUUUUCCUUUUCCAAAAACAUGAACACACAUUCACUGCCCAGGGAGUCAGGGAGUAAUAAAUUAACGCAUGUGUGGGUGUUUGGCUGAGGAUUUAUGCCGUGGCUAAGGGGGCAGCUACCUCUCAGCUUGCGUCCUUAUUGCUAAUGUGAAUAUAGGCCCACUGUUGGCAGUUUUUGUGACACUCCAAAAUUGAGAUACUCAUAUGAAAGCUCCCAAAUUUGUUGGGGAAAAAAAUCCAUCAUGGGUCAUCACGGAGUACAAAUUCUAGGUGGGCUGAAUCUCAUCCACAGGUUGCUGGUCAGAAAGCUCUGCUUUAAAGCACAGCUUAAGGGCAGCCCCGGUGGCGCAGUGGUUUAGCGCCGCCUGCAGCCCGGGGUGUGAUCCUGGAGACCCAGGAUCGAGUCCCACAUCAGGCUCCUUGCAUGGAACCUGCUUCUCCCUCUGCCUGUGUCUCUGUGCCUCUCUUUCUCUGUGUCUCUCAUGAAUAAAUAAAUAAAAUCUUUAAAAAAAAAUAAAGCAUGGCUUAAGUCACAUUUUCUCGAAGCCUUCCUAACCAUUCCAGCCCUCAGUAAUUUUUAAACUAUGCCUCCCUAGUUACCUCUAAAGAUUUGAAGGCUUUAUUUUAUAAUUGUUCAGUGUUUGGCAGCCUUGUCCCUCUGAAUAGGAGCGUUCCCAGAUGGCAUAUAAUAAUAGAUGGUCAGUCACUACCUAACAGCCCCUGGGCUAAGCAUGUUGUAGCUACAUCAAAUUCAGGCAGAAGCUAGGGGCAGCUCAUUGAGUAGAUCUACAAGGGCAGAUCCGAAGUCACAAGCCUCAAUUUCUAGCCCUCCAUCUGCUCUCUGACGUUGGACCUACUUCCUUGUCUAUGUAUUAGAAAUGCGAGGGAUUCCUUUUUUAAAAAAUAUUUUAGGGAUCCCUGGGUGGCGCAGCGGUUUGGCGCAUGCCUUUGGCCCAGGGCGCGAUCCUGGAGACCCGGGAUCGAAUCCCACGUCGGGCUCCCGGUGCAUGGAGCCUGCUUCUCCCUCUGCCUAUGUCUCUGCCUCUCUCUCUCUCACUGUGUGACUAUCAUAAAUAAAUAAAAAUUAAAAAAAAAAAAUUAAAAAAAAAAAUAUUUUAUUUAUUUGACAGCACAAGGAAGGGGAGGGGCAGAGGGAGAAGCAGGCUCUUUGUAGGGCAGGGAGCCUGAUGUGGGACUUGAUCCCAGGACCCUGGGAUCAUGACCUGAGCCCAAGGCAGAUGCAUAACUAAUUGAGCCACCCAGGUGCCCACCAGUAAUUCUUUAAUUCAUUUCUGGUUCUAAGUUUCUAUGAUCCUGUAAUACUGUAUUUUAAACAACUGAGCUGAGAAGUUUCUGUUACUGAAAUAGUUUUUCGUUGAGCCUGAAAUGUCCAAAUCACACCAUCAGCAUCUUCUCAUUCACGCCAGUCAGAUGGCCUUUGUCAUGAGUACAAUGGUGUGUCUCAUGGCAGUGGCUUUCCAGGAAAGUCAUUGUGGCAUCGUGACCUUUUCUCUCUGAUGCUUCUUCCUCCAAGCCGGAGAGGUGGUUAUGUGUCCCUAUGGCCCACUCUUGCUAAUUUUGUUUCCACCUUGCUAAUACCACUUGGACUUUGGAAGAGAAUGCUCAGAAAGGGUGGGAAAAGAACAAUUUAAAACCUCUUCAAAGUGGGGCAUGUGCACCAAGUGAACUAUAGUUCUGACCCCUAGCUUCAGAAGGCUGGAGGGUUCCCAGAUGGAGAUUUAUUUCUUCACCUAAGAAACCAGAAAACAGUUCAUUAAAUGGUUGGGAGAUGUUCUGCCCAUUUUAGAGAUGGUGUGACUGAGGUCCAGAGAGAAGGUCUAAAGGGACAGUGCCCCAAGUCCCAGAGCCCAGAACUUUUCAAAGGAUCUUCUCCAAAACUUUUUCCAGAGCAAACACUACAGAAUUUAGUGACUAUAGUACUUUAUCAGUGUUGUUUCCCAUCUAAUGUACUAUGAAUCGUUUUUAUUUUCUUACCUAUAAAAUGAAUAAUGUCAAAUUCUGGGCGUACAAGAAAGUACUCUUAGAAAGAAGGACAACAUAUUUUGUCAUAAACACAUAUUCAGGAUUCAUCUGUACAAAAUACUUUCCCAUGUGCUUUCAGUAUGUUGCCCAUUUGUCCUUCCAGUAUUUCUGUAUGUGGUACACUUAUCCUGCAUUUUACAAAUAAGGAAAUUAGUAACAUCUUAAGCUACUUGGCUCUUAAGGGACAGAUUUGGGACUUUGUUUAUUGUCUUUAUACAGUAUCCUUUAAUACAUAACAAAUCACAUUUAUGUUCUUUUGUUCUUUUGAUCCAGGUAAUAAUUCUGUGAGGUUAGUAUAGCAGCUGUUACUCAUGUUUUAUAUAUAAUGAGACAAUGUUUGGUUGAUAUUUGUAAGAUACAACCCAAGAAAAGAUGACUGACAAAGAUUGUGCCAUUUUCUCUGGCACUUACUCUAAAAGCUCAAAAGCUAAUGCUCUUUAGCAAAAACAUUCUUUUUUACUUUUUUUUAAAGACCUAUAUUCAAAGGGAGGAGGAGCAGAGAGGUAGGCAGAGGGACAAGCAGACUGCACUCAGUGCAGAUCCUGACCUAAGGCUUGAUCUCAUGAUUCUCAGAUCAUUACCUGAGCCAAAAUCAAUAGUUGGAUGCUUAUGGGACACCUGGGUGGCUCAGCAAUUGAGCUGAUGCUUAACUGACUGAACCACUCAAGCACCCCAGAAACAAUUGAACUGUAGAGAACAUUUGUGUAGGACAAGACAGUAAAGAAUAGUGGAUAUUAUUUCCUCUCCCUGCCAAAUAAAUACACAACUGUGUGUGUGGUGUGUGUUUG